AUGGUGGUAGUUUUAUUGAUGAUGAUGAUGAUCCACAAGCCUUCUCAUCUCCUGAAGAAUUUCCUACUGGCAAAUGAAGAACAGCAGGGCUUAAAGUUGAAGGGUCGAAGAGGAAAGCAUAGGAGACUUAGGAAGAAGUACCAGAAAAUUGAAUCUGAUAAUGGAAGUUCUCAGAAAAGGGAUUUCACCAAUGCUGUUGCUCCCAGGGAGCUAUUGAACAGUGAAACUGAAGAUGCUUUGCCUCUAUCCUCACUGUUUUCAGUAAAAUGCACAUCAAAGAGUGGAAAAGACGAUAAAGGGGGAGAAGUUAGUAGGAAAGAAACUGGUAACUGUAAAAACAAUGAGACUGAAGAUAAUGCUACCGUGUUAAAAGGAAUCAAUGGUGUUCAGCUUGAACGUGAAUCUGGGAUUAGGAAUGUAGAUAACCUCGAAGAGCUUGUAAAGGAAGAGAAACUAUCGGAAGCUGAUCAUUGUGUGGUUGAAGAAGUGAUGAUGGAGCAAAAUGAUCAAAAUCAGAAACUGGCCAGUAAUGAGAAAUGUCAAUCUGAUAAUCUGUUGUUGACACCCAGUCAAGUGGGUACCGACGAUGAAGCCAAGCUAAAUUUGAAUCCUGUGAUUGAGGAUGUACCUAUGGAGGAUAAGGAAACCCAAAAUCAAGUUAAUGAUGAUCAUUCUAAGAAGAGGAAAAAGAAGAGAAGGUGUAAGGAUGAGGGAGAAGAGGAUGCUACGAAGAUGGAACCACCUGUCUUAUCAUCUCCUACAAAGGAGCAAUCUGUUGUGGACUCGAAAGACAAGAAUACUAAUGACCAGGAAAUUCAGCUGUCGAAUGGAAUUAUCAUUGAAGAGUUGGAAAUGGGAAAACCAGAUGGGAAAAUAGCUUCUCUUGGUAAAAAGGUCCGUUUCCAUUACACCGUAAAGUUGAAGGACAGUGGGGAAGUAAUUGAUUCAAGUGCUGACAAAGGUCACUUAACGUUCCGACUAGCUGAGGGAAAAGUUCCAGAGCUAUGGAAGGUUGGCCUUGAUGGAAUGCGAGUCGGUGGCAAACGUAGACUCACAGUUCCACCAUCAGUGAGCUGCACAAAGGAAGGAACAAGUGAGGAUAUUCCACCAAACUCGUGGCUGGUUUUUGAAGUUGAAUUGUUAAAAGUCAGGUAAUCGGUUGGCUUCAUACGCCAGUUUUGUUG